AGCAAGACAGAUAAGUAGAGAAAGUAGAAGAAGUAAAUAAACAGAUACAUAUAAAACUCCAAUAAGAAUAGCAUACAAAAUACAAGAGCUUGUGCAGAAAACAUUUGGGAAGUUAAAUUGGUGUAAUAUUAGAGUAACAUUACAACCAUUGAAAUGUAUAGUCAUAAUAUAGUAUAAGGUAAAAGCUAUUAAAUAUAUAGUACAGUUAAAUAAAAUAGAAUAAAAUAGCAAAUAUGUAGUGUGCUAGAAUUUAUGAAUGUGUAGUAUACCAUAUAUAAUCAAACAACAGUUAGAAAACAUUUUACAAGAAUAAACCAACUUAUAAAACGGACUAGUCAAAUCAAGCAAUCUGAUUGGUUCUUAGCCAAUGAGCGCAUAUCACGGGUAGAAUUGUAGUUAUUUUGUAAGUCACCGAGAAAAGCUACAACCGUUACAGCUGUUACAUUACGUCCCUUACGAAACUAACUAACCAACAAAGCUUAAGAUGGAAACAUUUAAGUAUACAUGACUUCAUUAGUGUUAGGUAAAGGUACUACCAGGUUAUAUUAAACAUUUUCCAAUGAUAUUUGUAUGAAAUCCUUCCAAAAUGCAUUCAAAUGUUCUUCACAAUACCAGCUAUUAAAACGUAAACAUAAUAUGCUAUUUUCCUUGUUAUAUAGGAUACAAGUGUAGCAUUUAAAACACAGAACAGCAUGCCAGCUGGACAAAACAAACACCACACUUAAUAUACAUAUAACAUAUGUUGUACUUUAGCUUCAGCACUGGUUUCUGUUUGUAUUCAUGUGAUGUAAUGUAAUGUAAUAUAAUGUCAGUUAAAUUAGCAACAAACCGUUAGAAACCAGCUAACACAACGGUUAACAGUGGAUUUAAAUAUAUAUGUAUAUAAACUUACCUAAAUGUGUCUUUCCUCCGCCAUGACAGUACAAUCCGACAGUGGUUAAAGUGUUUGUUUAACAGAAAAUGAUGUGUAAAUACGUAUAUAAUCCGGCUGUUAUUCACGGAGGUUUAUUUAAAAAGAAGCCAAGUAGGCGAAGCAGAGGAUCAAACAGGAAAUCCAACACACUUCCGGUCGGCCCCGUGGUGGAGCUACGUCAUCAAACUCGCCUGCUGCAUUCAGGUGCUGUCGGACAACAAUCUAUGGCUUCAGAAACUUUAAUAUGUUUCUAGAAGAAUUGAAAUUGUACAGGGUAACAUCAGGGGUGUACCAAAGACAGUACCUGUUCAAAUCUCAGAAUUCUGACUCUGUUUUCUCAGAAAUCUGACUUUUUUCACUCAAAAGUGUGACUUUUUUCUCAGAAUUCCCCAAAAAAUGUUCUCACAAUUCAGACUUUUUUAUCAAAUUUAGAUUUUUUUUCCCCCUCAGAUUUCUUUUGUGAAUCUCAGAAUUCUGACUUUGAUUUUGAGACAAUUUAAUUUUUUAACUCAAUAUAUUCUGAGAUUAAAGUCAGAACUCAUGUAUGUUUUUUGCUUUUGGUAACAACCCCCAAAAAUUACAAUAACUGUAAUACUUUUCAAGUUUUAUUUAACUUGUAAAGGGUAACAUUAAGCCUUAUGAUAAACAAAGUGGGUAUCCAAUCUGACAUUUGAAAAGGUUUUGUAGAAGUUAAGAAACUUUUUUAUUUUAGUUAACAGAUAAAUCAGGUGAUUUGCAUUUCAAUUUUACAUAAUGACCUUUUACCUUAUUUUGUUUUAAUGCAAAUAAUUGUUCUUAUUUCUCGAUUUCACUUCCACCGUUAUGUCUCUUGCACUUUUGUACUGCCCUAUUUCAUGUCUUUAUUUUUUAAUAUGUCCUCAGUAUAUUAUUGCAUUGUUGGAUGAGCCUUGGAAGAUGUUUUAAUUGCCCAAAAAAAUCACUUUAGCUGGUGCAAACUAAAGCCUUUAAAAUAUCAAAGCAGUUCGUUGUGUCUUCAUAAUUGCUGCACCCAAUCAAAGUCAACGUUAUAGUCAAUCUCAACAUAUGUUUGUACACACAGAAAGAUCGAAAUACUGUUUCACAGUACCGAGGUACAACAAACUCACACAUUAAAAUGCAAGAACACUCAAUGAUCCAUCCCGUCAAUGUAAUACACUUGUAAUUCGCUUUGUUAUGGUCACAAUUCCAAUUUCGGACGUCCUGUUUAACAUCCUUCCCGGAAUCACAUGUGACCUCCUGCUGUUAUAAAAUCGUCAACACCCAUUUACACUGAAACACCGCCUUCUGUAUCUACUCGCCCUCUUUUUUAGGACAGAAGUGGCCUAUCAAAGGGAAUAUCAAUGAUCGACACUCGGCUUGUCCAAUCAGCUUCGGCUUUGAGCGUAAGAAAACCUUCCUUUUAAAACCCCACCCUCUCGAUCAACCCGCCUCUUUAUUGGACAGAAGUAGCCAAUCAAAUAACAGAUAUUUGAUUGACAGGCAGCCUUGUCCAAUCAGCUUAGGCUUUGAUUGUUACAGAUCUCUCCGCCCUCUGUAUCAACCCGCCUCUUCUAGGACAGAAGUAGCCAAUCAAAUAACACAUAUUUUAUUGACAGGCAGCCUGACCAAUCAGCUUCGUCCUUGAGUGUGACAAAUCCUUCUGCCUCAACUCCCGGUUCCCCGACCCUCCACAGCUGCCCGCCGCGCAGUAAUAGCGACCCGCCAAGAACGUUCUUCGGCCGGGUGGAUACAUUAUACAGCCGGGAAGACUUCACACCACCCGGCGGGUCGCUAGGACUCCUCGAUUUUAACCCAAUUAAGCGACGGACUAUACUCUUUGCCACCACCAAAAAUGGAAGCGGAGGCGUUUGUGUCCCGGAGAACCGCCAUGGAAACACCAGGCGUCGACAGCCGGGUUUCGAGCGCUGCAGCCGGGGCAGAGUUUCGAUGGAUGGGCAACAGACUGCUGGACGCCACGGGGGGAUUUGUCGGCUCUCUUUCACCGAGAAUACCAGGGGAACCGGACUUUACCCCAGUUGUGCAUCGUAUGGAGACCUCCGUGGAGCCAGAAAUAGACUAUGAAGGGCUUCCUCAGGGAUCCGCCACCAGCACACACAUGCUGGCUGGAUCCGUGGCUGGAAUCAUGGAGCAUUGCAUUAUGUACCCCAUCGACUGUGUCAAGACUCGGAUGCAGAGCCUCCACCCGGAGCCCGGCGCUCGCUACAGGAACGUGAUGGACGCGCUGCGGCAGAUCGUGCAGACGGAGGGCGUGUGGCGGCCAAUCAGAGGCGUGAACGUGCUGGCCGUGGGGGCGGGGCCUGCGCACGCUCUCUACUUCGCCUGCUACGAGAAGAUCAAGCUCUCGCUCAGCGACGCCAUUCACCCCGGAGCCAACAGCCACUUCGCUAACGGAGCGGCGGGCUGCAUGGCGACCGUGCUGCACGACGCCAUCAUGAACCCAGCAGAAGUUGUGAAGCAGCGAAUGCAGAUGUUUAACUCUCCGUAUCGAGGCGUUCUUCACUGCAUGGGUUCCCUGUGGAGACACGACGGCCCGGCGGCUUUCUACCGCAGCUACACCACGCAGCUCACCAUGAACGUGCCCUUCCAGGCGCUUCACUUCAUGACGUACGAGUAUCUGCAGGAGCUCCUGAACCCCCACAGACAGUACAACGCUUACUCUCACGUGGUGUCCGGAGCUCUCGCUGGAGCCAUCGCUGCCGCCGUCACCACACCUCUGGACGUCUGUAAAACCCUCCUCAACACGCAGGAAGCUCAGGCUAUCCACGUGAUACAGGCAGAGGCAGCGACAGCAGCGGUGGGAACGGCCGCUGGGAGUCGGCAUAUCUCCGGUUUGACCGAGGCGUGUCGGACUGUGUACAGGAUGGGAGGCGUGCCAGCGUUUUUCAAAGGCGUCCAAGCGAGGAUUAUCUAUCAGAUACCGUCUACCGCCAUCAGCUGGUCCGUCUACGAGUUCUUCAAAUACAUCAUCACCAAGCGGCAGCACGAGAGACGGCUGCGGGGAGACGGAGAUAAAUAAACAUCGGGAACAGCAGAGGGUCAUGGCACUGUACCGAUAAGGUUUAAACUUUCAAAUGCUCCAGAGUUUUAGAUUCGUCGAGCUCACUCCUAAUUUGUUUUCUGAGAUCUGUUCAGCGUUUUCAGAAGCAAAGAAGCAGCUGGAAUACUUCAUUAUUAGUGUGCGAUAUGUCCUUAAAACACCCAAUGGUUUAAAAGGGGUCUCCGAGUGGCACACAGGAAGUCCUGGGUUUCCCUGAACAAGCCCCAUUCACUUCUGAUGCUUUAACAACUUGACAAACUCAUUGUAUUGGCUUUCAAAAAGCUUAUUAUUCAUAAAAGGUAACGCACCGUAAUAGAAAAGCUUAAUUAGGACAUGUUUUAGUGCAGUUUUGAUUCGUCCCUGAACUCAAGUGCAUUGGAUUUGAUCAAAACAAGGUUAAAAUGCUGAUUUGAGCUUUGUUUGAAAGUGUUAACACUCACUUCAAAUGUAUUGUGUAGAAAUGAGAGCAUUUUUCUAUCCUACAUCCUACACUGUAUGAGAGGUCAGCAUUUUAAACGUACAGUUACUACGAGUGUUUUUAGGUUCAGAGACGAAACAAAAGUUCUUCAUCAACGCUCUUAACUGCACACGUUGCACCUCUUGAAAGUAUGACACCAUAUUACCUUCUGACCACAAGGGGGCGCCCAACACCAGCGCUAUACAACUGAGAGGAAACAGGAAGUUCUAACAUCAGAAAUAGGAAGUGUGUUUGAAUAAGUGUGCUGGUGUACAGAAACCAGGAGCUGAAACAUAGGAAAGGAAACGAGGAAUCAUGUGUGUGUGUGUGUGUGUGUGUGUGUGUGUGGAUGAAUGUGUGUGUUGCAGUGACUGGAGGUGGUGCUGCGACUCGGACCAUUUCACCUCAAAACUCUCAUAACAUUUUUAAGGUGGUUUUUAAGGUUUCUUUGAAUGAUGUCGUGGUGUCUCAUCUUUGCACCAGGCGCUUUCAAAUCCACACACACACGUUUCUGCUGCAGAUUGUAUAUGAUGCACACACACACACACACACACACUCACACUGGUACAAGUUUAAAUUAGAUUUGUGUUCUAAAACAACAUACCAGCUUUAUAGGAAAUGCUGCACCCUAAAGAGUCCGUGCUUCUUUCAAAUGAAAACCCUUGCUUUAGGAAAUGUAAAAACUCCACAAACUUGAAGUGUCACACAGGAAAGUGUUUGGAAACUCACUCAAAUAAAUGAAAGGCUGAAUUUAAUCACAUUUAACAUGUUCUAAAGUAUUGUAUUAGGGUUGGUUGAAAGCGUUAAUAUUUGUUCAUUUAAAAGUAACAUUGCUUCCAACUCACCUAAUAUAAUGUCUAAUUAAAGGCAGAACUAAUGAAACGCUUUGGAAGAAGAUCAGUUUAGUUUUAUUAUAUAUUUUUUUAAACGCACAGCACCCGAGCAAUUAAUAUGAUCGUCUUUAUGAUUUGUGAGGACGACGAUAAGUUCUAAAAUGGAGAAGUAACAUGACUUGUACACAUGCCUUCAGUUAUCCUCCGUACAUCAACGCACAACUAAUACAAAGAUAUCCUCAGAUGCGAUAUUGCGUUUUUAAGCCAUACAGAGGAUGAAAUUGUACAUAAUAUAUAGCGUGUGUGUAUAUAUAUAUAUAUAUAUAUAUAUAUAUAUGUGUGUAUAUAUAUAAAUAUAGGCAAAUACAGAUAAACACAUACUAAGUUUUGAAUGCUGAAAAAUACAAAACUAAAAGGUUUUAGCUACAACAUUCUGGUAGGAAGCGACAGGAAGGAUGCUCCCCUAAGGUGCAUCAAAGGAAACCCGGGUUACUUUGAGUACACAGAAAAGUAUUAAAAGAGGAUUGUGUAUUUGCUCGUGUGAAGUGUCCUGGCAGGGGAACCAGAGCAAUAGAGAGGAACUCUGUCGGGUGACGACUAAUGUGAAACGCUGGAACUUGUUAAAGAUGACUCCUGUAUUUUGUGAACUGUAAAUAAAGUCGCUCCGGCAGCUCCUCGCAGAAGCAGGGUCUUCUCUUGGUGCUGGUCUCCAAGCGUGAAGAAUCAA